AGGAAGAAAAACAGGAGGGUGUGGUUUAGAAGAAUUAUCAGAGAAGUCAAAAGCAGCACCAAUAUUGUUACUGAAAGAAAGAGUAUCUGUACACAGCAUAUAGAGAGAGAAAGACAUGUGGAGUGUUAAAAAAGAACGUUUCCCAGGUGUGGACUGCAUGGAUACAACCGAAAGUCCAUGGCAGUGGUUUUACCUGGCAGACUGUGGAAGGUGGCAUAGGUUUGAGGAAGACCAGGUGAUAUCCCUGUCCAGCCAGGAUACUGAGAGGCAUUACUUGAGAGACUCAAAAGGAGUUCUUCAGAUAUCCGCUAGCAGAGGAUACACCAGAGUGGAUUUCUCAACGAUGCUACAAACUGAUGUGCCAACAGGAAAGCAAAGACGAAUCAAACGAUCCUGCAGUAAUAACACAAAUCCAGGGUGCAGUUGUUUCACCUCUCCGCCAGUGUUCUGGGAAACGUCAGAUCCCACACUUCCUUACCAGGUCUUCCUUCUGAAAAAAGACACACCGGAAUAUAUCACAGUGGCAGAUUACGUUGAGAAUGAUGGGUUGCUGAAAAGACACAUUCAAUCAAUCUGUAGAAUUCAGAACUUGGAUCUCUGGGAAUUCUACUGUAGGAAGAAGAUACAAUUGGCUCGAAUUCAAGGAGCUGCAGACAUUAAGGAAAAAAGAUUGUUUCAUGGAACCAGUGUUGACAACAUACACACAAUUUGCACUUACAACUUUGACUGCAGGUUAGCUGGAGCCACUGCCCAUGUUUACGGCAAAGGAACAUACUUUGCAAAAUAUGCAUCGUAUGCUAAUAAGUACAGCACGUGGAACCGGAAGCCAUGGACGGUCUUUGGUAAAGCACCCCAAGACUUUUUGUGUGAGCGGACAAAAGUAAUUUUUCUAGCUCGAGUUAUUGUGGGGAAAAUGACUACUGGAGAACAAAAUUACUCCAAGCCAGAUCACAAAAGUGCAACAAACUACCAUGAAAGCUGUGUUGACGACAUACAAAAUCCCCAAAUCUUUGUUAUCUUUGACUCCAAUCAAAUAUACCCAGAGUACUUGAUUCAGUACAACUAGUAGGAAUACUUGACUUUGGUGCGGCAUAAGAAAAAUUAGGCGUCUUCAUUCAUAUGUUUUGCUCUGAAUCCGAAAACUGAAAAACUCUAAUUGAAUUUAAUACAAUUGUCCAGCAGAGGCCCCUAUCAACCUGCAGAAGUAAGAUGGAUGGCAACUUCACAAAAACCAACCUGCAGGCAAUGUUCUCAAGAACCAUCUAAUAUUAAUACAACCUGAAACAAAUCAGAAUCUCAGAAACUGAACAGAAUCAGAAACUGACUAUUUUGAAUUGGAUGUUUGACAAGCAGCCUUUUGUGUUUCACGGUCCAUCAGAUUUGUCCACCUGUAAACAAAAUUUAUUAUUUCUUGAAGAUUUUAUAUGCAAUAUCCUACUCGAUUGGGAUCUUGCUUUUAUACAAGUGCUAUUAGUAAAAAAAAAAAUGUUUAUAUUUCUAUACAUAAUUUAUUUGACUACAAAACAGUUUCGCAACUCCACUGGACUGUUGCCAAGCAACGCACUUUUUCCAUUAUAUUAACGACUAGUCAUGUUGGCUUCUUGAAUAGAUAACAGUAGUUAAUGUAAGCAGCGUACACGUACAGUUAGGCUAGAGCUAACUGUUAUCGCAAAAUAUCAGCACUCAUGGAAUAUGUCCAUGCAAAUUACUUUUCGUAGGCUAAGUUCGGAACAAGCCUAAGCAUGAACUUGAACAUAGGCUAUAGCAAAGAGUAUAGAAGUUCUUUGGCAGUUGUAGUCUAGAGAACCCAGUGUGAACUCUAUGUCCUGAAUAUUAUUAGCUCCGUUCUACCUGCUCACACGGUUGCCCAGCAGAGAGAGGAAGUCUUUCAUCUGUUCAGGCCUCUAACUUCCUUCCCUGGUUUACGUUAGCCGCUUGGGCGCUGCUGUUGCAGGUGUCGCUCCCGCUGUCAGAACUCACGGCUGGCGGAUAUGGAACACCUAAAUAAAGAUGGCGCCAUUAUGUGUGGGAAACGUUUAUCUUGUUAAUAAAUUCAUGUUAUGGAUUUCUAUUUAUUUAUUAGGCCAAUCUAUAGAGACUGAAUGAGAGAGGCAUGUUGUAGAUACCUACUUGAGCAAACAUUAGGCUAUAUAAGAUGUUUUUUUUUCCACUAACUGGUGAAGGAAUAAAUAUAAAUGUAGGUCUUACAUGUAUUUAUGCUUUACCCUCGUCCAAUAAAAGCUGAAAGAGUAUUUGUGUGUA